AUGCUUACCAACGAAUUAAAUACUCCUGAAUCUCGUCAUCUUCUCAAAGUCGUCGAUGAAAUGAGAGAAAUAUUACAUUAUGAGAAAAUUUCUCUUCCACAUAUUGUUGUUGUUGGCGAUCAAUCUGUUGGUAAAUCAUCUGUUCUCGAAGCGUUGAGUGGAGUUCAAUUGCCACGAGCACAAAAUAUUUGUACUCGAUGUCCACUCGAAUUACGUUUGAAAAAUAUUUCAUCUACUGAAACAGAAUAUGCUGCUAUUCGAUGUGAAGGCAUGUCCGAGAUCAAAAUCAACAACCUUUUGGAGAUCAUGGACAAGGUAACAGAUUGUACAGUGCAAUUAGCUGGUGCAAAUAUGAAUGUUUCAUCGAAAUCGAUUUAUUUAACUGUCUAUAAGAAAGAUAUUCAAGCUGAUCUAACACUUAUUGAUUUACCAGGUAUUACUCGUAAUCCAGUUGGUGAACAAUCGAAAACUAUUUAUGAAGAUAUAGUUGAUCUUAUUGAACAUUAUAUUGAACCACCAACGGCUAUUGUUUUGCAUGUGAUUCCAUCAUCUGUGGAUUUCACAACUUCUGAAUCGAUCCAACUUGCAAAAAAAACUGAUCCACAUUGUGAACGACAAUUAAUUGCUGUAUCAAAAAUUGAUAAAUAUGACAAAGGUAUUGAAGAAAAACUUCAAGGUAUUGGACCAGGUUCAAUGGCACUCAAACUUGGUUGUGUAGCUAUACUUAAUCGUACACAAGAAGAAAUUGAUCAAAAUAUUCCAUUUGAUGAAAUGCGACGACGAGAAAAACAAUUUUUUCGUUCUCAUAAAGCUUUUGAAGAUGUACCAGAACAAUAUCUUGGUAGUGAACAAUUAGUAAAACGACUUGCUUUAAUUCAACAAGAACGUAUUCGUUCAACUCUUCCAUCAAUAAUAGAUGAACUUAAAAAGGAACUCAAGUCCAAGAAAUAUGAAUUGAAGCAAAUGCCACCACCGGUUACGUCUGAAAUGGAUUGCUGGGCAUUAUAUACAGAUUUAAUCAAAAAAUAUCGUGAAAUCAUUAAUGCGCGUGUACAUGGCAUAUACAAUAAUGAGAUGCAAUUGAAAAUUGAAGAACCAACAUUUAACAAACCUCAUUUAUCACAAACAACUACUCAUAAACAAACAUCUGACGAUCGAUACGAUGAACGUAUUGCCUUUCAAUUAUAUAAUCGACAAAAAGAAUGUAGAGAAAUACUUCAUAAGUCCUUUAAAAAUUUCUUUACAUCCGAAUAUCAAAAAGUCGUAUUAAAACUACUUGAAGAAAAUGCUGGUGUUGCUCUACCUAAUUUUCCAUCAUUUAGCAUUAUUGAACGACUGUUUCGUGCUGAACAAAGCAAAUUUCGAGAACCAUGUGAAGAUUUAAUUCAAUCAUUUACCGAAUAUUUGAAAUUAAUAUUAAUUAAAAUAUUAAAUCAAGUUUUUACUGAAGAAACAAGCUAUAAAUAUCAACUAACACAUAAAUUAACUGAUAUUAUUUUAUGUACUAUCGAUAAAAGUGAAGAAAAAUGUAGUAAUGAUAUUACAACGAUGCUUGAAAUUGAAGAACGUGUAUUUACACUUAAUCAUUAUUAUAUGGAUACAGUGAACAAAAUCAAAGAUAAAUUUCAAGAAUAUACUAAUAGUGUUGAACGACAUGGCAAAACGAGAGUUUCAUCGACAUUUGCUAUCAAUGAUUUUGCAAUAGAUGUGAGUGGUCUUUCAAAUGAACAUCAAGCAGCAUUAGAUAUUCAAAUUGCUAUAUCAGCUUACUGUCGGGUAGUUGAAAAGCGUAUUGUUGAUCAUGUCUCUCAACUUUGUUAUUAUUGGUUUAUUACUCAAUGUGCUCUUGUACUCGACUCAAAACUGAAUUCGGCAUUUACAUCGGCUAAUUUGUUUGAAUGGAUGCGUGAACCAUUCGAUCAACAGCAAAAACGUGAAAAUUUAAAGAAAAGUAUAAAUGCAAUGGAAAAGGCAUUAUUUAUGGGACAGAAUGCAUAA